CUCCGCUCUCACCAUGAUCUGUCUGGUGCUCACCAUCUUCGCGCACAUCUUCCCGUCAGCCUGGACUGGAAUCAAUGAGCGCACUUUCCUGGCAAUCAAACCUGAUGGCUACCAACGGCGACUGGUGGGCGAGAUCAUCCGCCGCUUUGAGAAAAAGGGAUUCUGUCUUGUGGCCUUGAAGAUAAUGCAGGCCUCGGAGAAACUGCUCAGGCAGCAUUACAUUGCUCUGCAGGACAAGCCCUUCUAUGACCGGCUCGUAAAGUACAUGGGUUCUGGCCCAGUGGUUGCCAUGGUGUGGCAGGGCUUAGAUGUGGUGAAGACUGCACGUCUCAUGAUUGGAGAGACAAACCCAGCUCACUCUUUACCAGGCACAAUCCGAGGAGAUUUCUGCAUUGAUGUUGGCAGGAAUGUUAUACACGGCAGUGACUCGAGGGAGAGCGCCCAGCGAGAGAUCGCUCUUUGGUUUCAGCCCGAUGAGCUUGUUUGCUGGCAGGACAGUGCUGAGAGAUGGAUAUAUGAAUAAUUAGCCUUAUAUAUGAAUAAUUAGCCGGCCUACAAUGUUCUAAUGCAGUGACUUGGGGCAUUAAGGCUGUGCCUGGCUAGCACUACAUGCUGCACUUGGGAGCAUUAAGGGACUUCUACAGGAGAUUGACAUCCAGGAAUUUGUCCAGCAGAGUAGUGUUAGUGGAGAAUGCGGUUUUACUCUGCCUCUCGCACUACAGCAAAUAGGCACUUUCACAGAUUUUACAUGCACUAACUCUUUCUUUUCUAAAAUUGAGUUUUUUCACUUUUUCUGCUUGAAUAUAGAAUUUUUUUUUAAAUAAAAGCAAAAAAAGGGCCUCUUGUUUCU